GGCAGUUCGGCCCGCAGAAGUCGGUUCGGGAGCUGUCAGCGCGGGCGGGAGCGCGGCGGGGCGCGGGGUGGGCGCGGCCGACCCCCGUCCCCGACCCGGCCCGCGACCCCCGACCUCCCGCGCGCCCCGCACCCGGCCCGUAGGCCGCCCCGCCGCGUACCGUGCCGCUCGCUUGCUGCGUUUUCUCUCUCUCUCUCUCUCGCCGGCCGCCGGGCGGGCACCGGAGACCCCGCCGAGGCUGAGGCUUGUCAAGCGGGCGGUGAGGGCCCGGCUGCGGCCUUCUCGCCAUGUCCUCGACCCGCGACAACACCGGCCACUUCCCCUUGCACCUCCUGGUCUGGAACAACGACUACCGGCAGCUGGAGAAGGAGCUGCGGGGCCAGAAUGUGGAGGCUCUGGAUCCACGAGGUCGAACCUUACUGCACCUUGCUGUUUCUCUGGGACAUUUGGAAUCUGCUAGAGUCUUGCUCCGACAUAAAGCAGAUGUUACAAAAGAAAAUCGUGAGGGAUGGACAGUUUUACACGAGGCUGUGAGCACUGGUGACCCCGAGAUGGUGUGCGCCGUUCUGCAGCACCGGGACUACCACAACACGUCCAUGGCCCUGGAAGGGGUGCCUGAGCUGCUUCAGAAGAUUCUCGAGGCUCCGGAUUUCUAUGUGCAGAUGAAAUGGGAAUUCACCAGCUGGGUGCCCUUGGUUUCCAGAAUAUGCCCGAAUGAUGUCUGUCGCAUUUGGAAAAGUGGUGCCAAACUGCGUGUGGAUAUCACGUUGCUGGGAUUUGAGAACAUGAGCUGGAUAAGAGGGAGGCGCAGUUUUAUAUUUAAGGGAGAAGACAACCGGGCGGAGCUGAUGGAAGUCAACCAUGAUGACAGGGUGGUCACCACCGAGCACUUUGACCUGUCCCAAGAAAUGGAGCGCCUCACCCUGGACUUGAUGAAGCCAAAAAGUAGGGAAGUUGAGAGACGGCUCACGAGCCCAGUCAUUAACACCAGCCUCGAUACUAAAAAUAUUGCUUUUGAAAGAACUAAAUCCGGAUUCUGGGGCUGGAGGACAGAUAAAGCAGAAGUUGUUAAUGGUUACGAAGCAAAGGUUUACACAGUAAACAAUGUGAGUGUGAUAACCAAAAUCCGGACAGAACACCUGACCGAGGAAGAAAAAAAGAGAUACAAAGCGGACAGGAACCCCCUGGAGUCUUUGUUGGGAACCGUGGAACACCAGUUCGGUGCUCAAGGGGACCUCACCACAGAGUGUGCCACCGCCAACAACCCCACAGCCAUCACGCCGGAUGAAUACUUUAAUGAAGAGUUUGAUCUGAAAGACCGGGACAUCGGAAGGCCGAAGGAGCUCACGAUUAGAACGCAAAAGUUUAAAGCGAUGCUGUGGAUGUGCGAGGACUUUCCGUUGUCCCUCGUGGAGCAGGUCAUCCCCAUCAUUGACCUCAUGGCCCGAACCAGCGCUCACUUUGCGCGGCUCAGAGAUUUCAUCAAGCUGGAGUUCCCACCUGGAUUUCCUGUCAAGAUAGAAAUUCCUUUGUUUCAUGUCUUAAAUGCACGGAUUACAUUUGGAAACGUUAAUGGCUGUAGCACUGCUGAAGAAACUGGAUCUCAGAAUGUGGAGGGGACCCAGGUGGAUUCAGCUUCCCAGGUCACAAACUUUGAGGUUGAUCAGUCUGUUUUUGAAAUCCCGGAAUCUUAUCACGUUCAAGACAAUGGCAGAAAUGUGCAUUUACAAGACGAAGAUUACGAGAUAAUGCAGUUUGCCAUCCAGCAGAGUUUACUGGAGUCCAGCAGGAGCCAGGAACUUUCAGGACCAGCUUCGAAUGGAGGGAUCAACCAGACACAUGCCUAUGACGCCCAGUAUGAGAGGGCCAUCCAGGAGAGCCUCCUCACCAGCACGGAAGGCCUGUGCCCUGGUGCUAUGAGCGAGACAAGCCGUUUUGAUAGCGACUUGCAGCUGGCCAUGGAGCUCUCUGCCAAAGAGCUGGAGGAGCGGGAGCUCCGGCUGCGGGAGGAGGAGGCAGAGCUCCAGCAGGUCUUACAGCUGUCUCUGACUGACAAAUAGACCUUUGUGCCCACGGCCGCGCCCAGCGGAGGUUCUGGGCUGCACGCGAGCUGCGCGCCAGUGCUGCGUCGCCAGUGCCCCGGGGCCGAGGGCCUGCGCCUCGCAGCCUCGCACAUAUGUGGCAGACAGCAGCUGCCCUUUCUUUACUCAGAGGUGCAAGACCAGGGGCUCCUGGGCCCACCCACGACCCUCCCCCUGGAAAGGGGCUGGGGACCGGCAGGCCCCAUCUCCAGGCUAAGGGGAGGAGAGCAUCGUCACUUUCCAUUAGCUGUUGGCUUGCAGGUCACAUUUUUACUACCAGCUUUAGACAAAAACCCCAAUCCCCGCGAGUUUGUAGAUUACUUUUUACCAAGGAGUGAUAACAAAACAAGUUAUUGCAGAGUCAGGGUGCUUUUAUAUAUGAGAGCAGCAGCCUUUUUAGAGCAGCGUGGUUUAUGAGAAUUUAUGAGACGCUUCUUUACAGUUCACCAAAGAAAUGAAUGAUCUGUGCCGAUCUACUCUUUUGUUUUUACCUUUAUACAGGGUUUCUAGGACACUAUCACUGUUCCUCCUCCUCCUCCACCUUCGUCCAUUCCUUCCACCCCCAGCUAAAGUUAAAGAGGAGACAUGUACAGGACAGGUUUUAGAUUAGGGCUAUUUGCAUCACAUUAGGAUAUACAAAUGACCACGGAUGUUGCCUUAGCCUUAAAAAUUACCAAUAGUUUCAAACCACCUCACUCCACUUACUGAGGGGUCUGAGUUGAAUUUAUAAAGGCGGUUCCUUUGAGAGCAGGAUCUUCCAGGCUAAAUCCAAGGCAGCUAAUCCUGGCCCUGAAGGAGCAGCUAGGAGAGCCUGAGGCUUGUUGUUGAAUGGGGCAGGCUGGCCAACACAGCGGGCCAGCCCAGAACCAAAACCAGGUGUGUUCCACGCCCUCCCGCGUGAAAGAUUUCCACGUCGAGGCCUAGGACGGCCCCCCCGCGGGCCUGGGCUCACUACAGAGGAAGGGGUAGACUUGCAGUUAGAAGAGUAGCUCUGUGUUCCAAAGGGAAAAUGAUGACUCCGCAUCGCUUUUUAGAGUUCAAGUCAGCAUCUUUCUGGAUAAAUAUAUUUUUUAACAGAAUCUUUUUAUUAUUUUUAAAAGAUGUAAAAACAACUCCUCCCAUCAGUAGCAAUACAAGGUUAUACAUUUUAACCAGAUUCUUCUCAGGCCUUUUUUGGAUACCUUUAGUAGUUAACGAUUUUAUCUGACCCUUCUGUAAAUAACCAUCGCACAACACAACGGAAGAAGCCAGGGGAACAGAGAUGAGGGCACCGUCCCUCUGGCCCGCCUCUUCGUCCCCACAGGCUGCACUGAAAUGCCCUGGUAAACAACAGCCCCCUUCAUUCUGCAUCUGUUUCCUAUCUGUUGCGCUCCUUUAGGGAUCGGAAGGGAGACAUAGACUACUGUUAGAGUGAACGUCUGUAUCCUACAGUGAGCGUUGCCAGUAAAACGUUGUUAGCCACAAAGAACUGUGCUUUUGAUUCCACAUAACCAUCUGCCUUGUCUGUCACGGUCCGGCCAAGAUUCUUUGUCUGCACACAAGGCCAGUGUACUGCAGUGUCACAUUCGUUUCAAAGACCCAGCUUGGCACGCCCGUUCACCUAGCGUUUUCCCUGCGUGAAGACGCUUCUUGGGAAUAGCUGCAGUUAGGCCACGUCGUUUACUCACUGCGGUGAAUCAUCAGUAAUUUCUGUGUUUGCAUUCCAUUGUUGUGCUUCCUGAGGUCUUGGGCUCCCCAGGAAGUCAGUUAAAAAGGGACUGAGCGUGUGUCCACCGUUGCAGCGUGUUUCAUUUACGUGUCCACUCUCGUAAAAUGCAAAUAAAGAUUGCUUCCCAAGAGGGUGCUCGUACGAUAUCCUA